GGUGGAGCUUUGCUGUCUGGUCUCACCUGUUGACAGGUUGGAGGUGCUCAUGUUCGCAGAGCAGCUGAGAGAUGAAGUAAACACUGAUUCCUACAGGAAAACACAACCAGAUGAACAUUACUGUCGUGUGUCCACACACUGACUUGAGAAGUUUCUGGAAACUGAAUGAACUCAGGAAAUUAGCUGGCUGCACACUCUUCAUUACCGGGGCGAGUCGAGGGAUUGGUAAAGCCAUUGCUUUGAAAGCUGCCAGAGAUGGAGCCAACAUUGUCAUCGCAGCCAAGACUGCCAUACCCCACCCCAAACUACCAGGAACUAUCUACACUGCUGCUCAGGAGGUUGAGGCUGCAGGUGGGAAAGCGUUGGCCUGUGUUGUCGACAUCCGCGACGAGCAGCAGGUUGGAGAUGCUGUUCAAAAAGCUGUUGACAAGUUCGGAGGCAUUGACAUCCUGGUAAACAAUGCCAGUGCCAUCAGUCUGACAGGGACUCUGGUGACGCCGAUGAAGAAGGUGGACCUGAUGCUGGGAAUCAACCUGAGGGGAACAUACCUGACGUCUAAGCUGGUCAUCCCUCACCUGCUGAAGAGUCGCAGUCCCCACAUCCUGAAUUUGUCACCUCCCCUCAACCUCAACCCCAUCUGGUUCAAGAACCAUACGGCAUACACAAUGGCAAAGUAUGGCAUGUCCAUGUGUGUCCUGGGAAUGGCCGAAGAGUUUAGAGGUCAAAUUGCUGUCAACGCCCUGUGGCCCAAAACUGCAAUCCAGACAGCGGCCAUGGACAUGAUAGGAGGUGAGGGCGUUGCUAAACAGUGUCGUACAACAGACAUCAUAGCGGAUGCUGCCUACGUUGUCUUGUCCCGACCUGUGGACUACACAGGUCACUUUCUGGUGGAUGAGGAUGUCCUGAAAGAGCAGGGAGUCCACAACUUUGAUCAGUAUGCUGUCCAACCGGGCCACCCCCUGCUGCCUGACUUCUUCCUUGAUGAAGAACCAGAGACACUGGUCCAACAGAUGGAACAACACGGGGCAACCCCGGCUUUCAAACCAACAUCCUCCUCAUCGGCCACACCCUCCUCUGUUGGACCAAUAGAAAGCACUUUUGACGUCAUCAGAAGAGUCAUCAACACAGACGUCGUUAAGUCGACACAGGGAAUUUAUCAGUUCGAUCUGUCAGGAGAACAUGGGGGCGUUUGGUUUCUGGACUUGAAGAGCGGCUCCGGCAGUGCAGGGCGGGGUCAGCCACCUGUAAAAGCCGAUGUUGUCAUGAUGAUGGACUCCAGCGACUUCAGCGAAAUGUUCUCAGGGAAGCUGAAGCCCACCAUGGCCUUCAUGUCGGGGAAGCUUCGGAUCAAAGGUGACAUGACUCUCGCCAUCAAACUGGAGAAACUGAUGAGCCGCAUGAACAAAGCCAAGCUGUGAAAGAGACGCCUUUGGGCCUCUCAGGCCCCUGCCCUCUCUGUGUAGCUGUAUAUGUUGCCUUAAUGAUAAUGAGAAUAACCGAUUAAAACAUGAAUAAAAUCUUUGUUGAUAAG